AUGCAACCAGUCUUGCGAUUGUCCACUGGCCUUGGACCAUCUUGUCAUUUAUUAUUUUCAUUGAAUGCUCGCUCUUUCAACUCAUACACACCACUUUUUGCUCGAAAAUCCGCUGGGGAUAGUGCUAGCAACACUGGAAUUCCUAGCAUACCACUUACUGGUGAUCUAGAUGUAGAUGGACUUACUAGAUUUGAGAUAGAUUUUAUGGAAACUGCAGAUUGGGUAAAGACUUCCCUGCUUAAAAUGAAGCAUGCCAAAAAGGAUCUAGCUCAUCUGCACAAGCCAUUCGAACCUGCUACUCCUACCAAGCCCAUCUGUGUAAAAUACACUGAGAGAUACACAUACGACUUUACACGUCCACCACCUGUUAAUAAUGCCGUUGCAUUGCAAGUCAGAGUGGCAGACUUGGGUCUGACUCCUCCACAAAAACACAAGUUUUUGCUUCUUGCUGGAAAGGCAUACGAUCCUUAUAUGGAUUUGGUUUCCAUGGCCGAUUCCAAAGGACAGUCACAUUCCUUGUCUGAGGAUAUCGAUCGUGCUCUUUCUCUCAAACAGCUCAGUGGAUACAUGGACGAAAUGAUUGCAGCAGCCAAGGACACAACGGAUUCGUUUACUGAUGUGCCAGUGAAUCUCACCCAUGCAAAACGACCAAAAGGUGUUCGUCAGACUGCACGAAACCUUGAAUUUCCCACUACAUGGCUUAAGCAAACCUCAAAAACUGUUCAAGAGAAUUAA